UUGCUUCAGGACGAGUGACUGGAUUAUCCCAUAAUAACCUGCGAUAUCCCUAAGAUUGUGUUUGCUGGUGUUUAGCCUGCCGUAUUCUGCUCGUGUGUUUGCUGUGUUUGUCUUGCAAUAGCUUUGUAUCUAUUUCCUUUGCUAUUUUACUGCAAAACUCGUAUAUAAACAACAAUGGUCGAACUGUCGGAUUUCCACAAGCUUGAGAAGAUUGGUGAGGGCACCUAUGGCGUCGUCUACAAAGCACGCGACACGACAAACAAUAAUCGCGUCGUCGCGCUCAAGAAAAUCCGUCUCGAGGCCGAAGACGAGGGCGUGCCCUCGACCGCUAUCCGCGAGAUCUCGCUUCUGCGCGAGAUGCGCAACGAAAACAUCGUCGAGCUCCUCAACAUCGUGCACUCGGACAGCCACAAGCUCUACCUCGUGUUUGAGUUCCUCGAUCUCGACCUUAAAAAAUACAUGGAAGCCAUCCCCCAGAACGUCGGGCUGGGCGCGGAUAUGAUCAAGCGCUUCAUGUCGCAGCUCGUCCAGGGCACAAACUACCUCCACGCACACAGAAUCCUGCACAGAGAUCUCAAGCCACAAAACCUGCUGAUCGACAAGGAGGGCAACCUCAAGCUUGCCGAUUUCGGUCUCGCGCGUGCCUUUGGCGUUCCUCUUCGCGUCUACACCCACGAGGUUGUCACGCUCUGGUACCGAUCUCCUGAGAUCCUGCUUGGCGGCCGCCAGUACUCGAUCGGCGUCGACAUCUGGUCGAUCGGCUGUAUCUUUGCCGAGAUGGUCACCCGCAAGCCGCUCUUCCCGGGAGAUUCUGAGAUUGAUGAGAUUUUCAAGAUUUUCAGAUUACUCGGAACUCCUGACGAGGACGUCUGGCCGGGCGUUUCGUUGCUGCCUGAUUUCAAGACUACCUUUCCUCAGUGGAGCCGCAAGGAUCUCGCGGCUCAUAUCCCUGCUCUUGAUUCGGAUGGAAUCAACCUUCUCGAGGCCUGUCUCGUUUACGACCCUGCCGGUCGUAUCUCUGCCAAGCGUGCUCUCAAGCACGCUUACUUUGUUGGCCACCAAUCUCAGCCCAUGCGGAAGGGAAAUGAUAUGAUGAGCGGAGGGGUUAAGUAUGCUUCGGCACAAGGACGAGGAGAUAUUGGUGCUCAGUUUAUGGCGAAGAAUGUCAGGACGCGGGCAUAAUCUACAUCUCAAUCUAUGUUCUUGUUUGUUCUUUUCUUCUAUAAUAGCAAUCCUGCUUUUAUUCGCGCCGGGUCUGUCGUAUGAUAUGAGAUCUCUGCACACUUUUUCUUCUGUUUCUUAAUGUUUCUGGUUUAGUAUGUUUGUCGUUCUUGUUUAUCAAUAUGUUGGGAUAUCUUUGCUUGCUCCGAUUUUUAUAUUUGUUUUUCGUCAAAUGUCGACUACUUACAUGGUGCGUACUAUGCAGGAGUAGAUAUUUGACGAAAGUUGUCCACAAGAGGUUGCAUUCUAAUCAAGUAGAUGCUUUUACUUACCUCGUAUAACAAAAUGUCAUGCGUCAUCAACACGGUUUUACAGGAUUGUUUUUUUUUGUUGUGUAUUGUUUCUUUAGUCAUUCUAUAUCCUUGCCAGUUUCCGAUUCACAAAAUAAAUAGAUAUAGCCAUAUUCAGAAAGUGAGAUCUAA